UCACACCAGGUAUAUUAUUCUGUGGGUCAUCUUCUUCUUCAAUCAAAACCCAAUAAAAGAAAACUAAUCAGUAAACGAAUCAAAAAGAUAAGUUGUCGGCCAUGGAAGAUUUCUCAAAACGAUUUUUUAAUGGUUUCUUAGUUCUACUUACUCUCUGUUUCUCCUCUUCACCAUUGUUGGUGUUAAGUGAUCAUGUGGCUACAGUUAUAAAUGAUCAAUCUUUUACUAAUUUCUCAACCAAUUUCCUCUUUGGCACUGCCUCCUCUUCUUAUCAAAUCGAAGGUGCUUUUAGGAGUGAUGGGAAGGGCUUAGACAAUUGGGAUGUUUUUACCCAUAAAUCAGGUAAAAUCAUUGACGGAAGUAACGGAGAUAUCAGCGUUGAUCAUUAUAAUCGUUAUCUGGAAGAUAUAGAGCUGAUGGAUUCUCUUGGUGUAAAUAGUUACCGCUUCUCAAUUUCAUGGGCGCGAGUUCUACCUAGAGGGCGAUUUGGAGCUGUAAAUCCCAGUGGCAUUCAAUUCUAUAACAAUUUAAUUGACGCUCUCUUGCUGAAAGGAAUUGAACCGUUCGUCACGUUGUUUCACUACGACAUUCCUCAAGAACUUGAAGACAGAUACGGAAGCUGGUUGAGUCCUCAGAUACAGGAAGAUUUUCGUUAUUAUGCGGACGUUUGUUUUGAAGCGUUUGGAGAUCGCGUCAAGUAUUGGGGCACAUUCAACGAGCCAAACGUCGUCGCUAUCCGAAGUUACCGUACCGGGAUUUACCCACCAUGUCGCUGCUCCGGAAUAUUUGGCAGAUGUGCAUUUGGUGACUCGGAGACUGAACCUUUCAUUGCCGCUCACAACAUUAUCCUAUCUCAUGCUUCUGCCGUUCAACUAUACAGAAACAAAUACCAGGAAGAACAAAAAGGUAGCAUUGGGAUUGUAAUGAACAGUAUAUGGUUUGAACCCCUUAGUGAUUCUUUGGCAGACAAGCUAGCUGCCGAGAGAGCCCGAUGUUUCUAUUUGAAUUGGUUCUUGGAUCCCAUUAUGCAUGGAAGGUAUCCUACAGAAAUGCAAGAUGUACUAGGAUUCAGUUUGCCGUUGUUUUCGGAAAACGAAAAGAAGAAACUACAAAGUGGUUCAGACUUCAUUGGUCUAAACCAUUACACCAGUCUCUAUGUCGGAGACUGUAUGUUCUCUUCUUGCCCAGAUGGGAAGGGAGCUUCUAGGACAGAAGGCUUUGCCCAUCUAACCGGUGAAAAGGACGGUGUUCCCAUUGGAGAACCGACUGCAAUGGAUUUAUACUAUGUUCAUCCCCCAGGAAUGGAGAAAAUGGUUACGUAUGUAAAGGAGAGAUACAAUAAUACGCCCAUGUUUAUUGCAGAAAAUGGUUACGGUGAGAUCAACAAUGGUGGUGCCAACAUUGAAGACUCCUUGAACGAUACCGAGAGAGUGAACUUCAUGAGCAGCUACUUGGAUUCCCUGGCAAACGCAAUCAGGAAAGGAGCCGAUGUCAGAGGAUACUUCGCGUGGUCUUUGCUUGACAACUUCGAGUGGGUAUUGGGAUAUACUCGACGAUUUGGCAUUUUCUAUGUGGAUUUUACAACACUGAAGAGAACUCCAAAGCUAUCUGCAACUUGGUAUAGAAAUUUCAUAGCGAAAAACAAGGUGACCACCAAAAAUACUUUGAUGGCGAGAAAUGAUCAGCAAAAUUCCCAAAAGUAUGCAAUGUGAUAAUACUUUUUCUUUUUUGAUUGGAAGAGAGAAAAUUUAUUAGAGUAAGGAGGAAUUUACAGAAAGUCCACCGGAGGUAUAAAAAAGAAGCAAAAAUACUAUCAGCCAAUAAAAACAUUAUCCCAGUUAAGCACAUCAUUAGAGAAGUUUAAAUACACCAUAAUGCCCACAGCCCCCGACCAAGCACGUGCUUCCUGUAAUUUCCUUCGAAGAUACCAUAAUUCCUCUCCUUCCAAAGAGUCUAAAUGACAGCAACAAUGAUGAAAUCCAAUUACAACUUGGGCGCGAAUGCUUUUUACCAGCAUUGUCACAUGGUAGAUAAUUUACAACUUGUUUUGUGAUUAGCAUUUUAUUUUUGGGGCAUUGUCAUGUGGAAACUAAUUUACAACUUAUUUUGUAAUUAGCAUUUCUGUUUGUUUUUUUUUUUGGGUUGGGCUUGGGAUUUUAUAUGCAGAGCUUUUAGCAUAUGCCAUAUGUGCCCAUAUGAACAA